AGGACUUCUCCAGGAGAAAAUCAGCUUCACUACAGCCCCUUUUAGACAGAGCCAUUUGUUUGUGUGUCCAUUCAUAGAGACGACCCACAUUCGUCAGUGUCCACUCCAGCUGUAGAGCCUGUCUGCACUGAAUGACAGAGAGGGAGACGGGAAGAAAAAGGGGAAAUCUGUGGGGAGGCAGAUCUAGUUUACUCUGCUGCAAGCCUGAAGACAGGAUGGAUUUCUGCACAAAGUGAGCAAAGAGAAGUUGAACUGCACGUAUUAAGCCAGAAUGUCAGGAAUGGACGUCCUGCUGGUGGACAACAACAAGACUGGAGUCACCCCGAUAGACAAUGGGACAUUUCUCCGUUUCUCCCCGACGUCUGCCUCCACGUCGGCGGCUGCAUCGUCCCCAGGAAGUCGCCAGGGCAACGUUUAUGUCUACGUGUGGCUCUUCCUCGGGCUGCUGGUGUUCCUGCUGACGCUGCUCAUCAUCUCCCUCCACAGGCUGAAAAACAUCAUCUCAUCGUCUUCCUCAGUUCCUGACUGCAGCAGCGAGGGAGGAAGCUCCUUCACCAACAUGGAGAUCUGCAGCAUCUCCUCUCAGAGGUCCUCCAUUUCUGUGCUCUCCACCUGAGCAAGCUUGCAGUGUGGAGACUCAUGUAUAAAUGCGCCGUUUUCUCUUUACAGGCUGAGAAUGCAUGCAAAACAAACAAAUAAACCAACAAGAAAAACUCCACAAGACCAGCUGAUGGAAUAAGAAUAUCCUUCCAUGCAUGCAUACUUUAAUCGUGGAGGUUCAGUGACACUGAUGUCUGUAUGCAAUCUGCAUAGCUACCACAAAGGUUACAAGGGUUAAAAGUCAACAUAUCCUGCUAAACCUGACUUGAACAACAAAAAAUGAACCUGGUAAAUACUUUCCCAUUGCAGGGAAAACACAAAGUGAAAGACAAUUAUCCUUUUGUGUUGACGUUUUCUGUCUUUAGAAGCUUUGUAAAUCAUAUUCUGAUUAUAUCUGUAGAUUAGUCUACAAAACCCAGCAUUCUAAAUUAUUAAAUAUCUGAACUUUGUAAACAGGAGUGUGCAUCUGUGGCUUGGUUGAAUUCACACCAAGGCAACAUAUCACCCAGUAGAGUGAAGUCAAGAGGCAACACAAAGAAGAACAUUUACAGAACAGAGCAGGUCAAUAGUAGCAAAAACUAUAGGAUGAAUUUCUGGCCUUGAUAAGCAGAUCUGCCUGCGGUACCUCCUGCCUCCUGUCAGCUCCCGUAGAGCCUGACGCCAGCCUGCAACAAACCUGAAGCACAAGGUUUCUCUCCAGCUGUCAACCCUCAUCUGUACUCCAGGAUGACAACCCGGCAAAGGUUGUUUUCGCUGUUCAGCAAGUCAAAGAACUGGUUGGCACAGUUGAAGUGAAAAGAAAAAAAAAAGAGACAUGGAUCUAGUUGAGGGUGGAGAAAAUAUAAAACACAUUCACUUGAUGUCGAAGUGGAUAGGUGGGAUCUGGAUAACGGAUAAACAUGGCUAAUCUUAAGCCUGUUUUUUUUUUUUUUUGAAAGAAAAAAAAAAACAACAUGAAAAUCACAGCAGCACUCAGGCAAAGAUAUUUCAUAUUUUUUUAUUUCAGUAGCAUAAUCUGACUGAAGAAUUUAGAAAAGAAUCCAAAGUUGAAUUUCAGUAUUUCUUCAGUGAGGAACCAAAUCCCAAGUUUCAUAAUUAUUGCAUACAAUACCAACAAACACCUUUUGUCAAACAGCAUUAUUUAAAACAUCCUGGUAUUUCAAAGAGAUCAUGAUGCAGCCAAAAAAAGUUUCCCUAAACUUUUGAAUAAGAUCAUACAGAGCCAAAACACCACAGCUCUACAACGGUACUUUACACUGGGCAUGAGGUGGGCACAUAUUUAAUCUUUUUAACAAUCCCAUCUGUAAAUGUUUGUUUAAAAGGAUCUUUUGCUGUACAAUUGUCCCACCAAUUUUUUUCUGUUUUUAUUUUAGGAUUUAACUGAGUUUAUGUAGGAAAAACAGACUAAAAUAAGGAAUAGUGAUAAAAACACAAGGUGAACUUACCACUGUUCUGGUUGUUUUAAGCUUAUUAAUUAAUGCUUGAAAUGUCAUCAUGAACAAGUGAGUAGAUGUUUUUCAGUACCUAUUGCUUGAAGAGUAAAUAUCAACCCAGAUUCUCCUGUGUUUCUUAUUUAGAGAGUUAUAUUUAAAUCUCAAUAAAGCAGAAAGUCAAGGAGUACUAUAUUUAAAUUAAUUAGUGUCCGAAAUAUUAAUUAGAUGCUUUGUAAAUCAUAUCCUGAUUGAUUUACAAAUCAGAAUAUGACUUCUCCUCGUCAAAUCACAUCCAAAAAUUGUUUAAGUGAAAUUUUUAAAUUUCAAUUAAACAUAUAAAAUAAAAAUGGAAAAAAAAACCCAACAAAUUACUGAUGUUGGUCAUCUCCACACCCACAAACUUAAUUUACUUAGAUUUUACAGUUUUAUAAUAAUUAUGCUACUGCAAUAAAACAUCGCUUCUUUUAGGAUUUUUACACAUCUGUAAUCAGUAACUGUUUUGUAUCUUGAAUGUACAACUGGAACUAAUUUCUCCUUUCAAGAAAAUUGAUAGACAUACAGACAGACAGACAAUAUGCUAAAUUAAAAGUCCAGACCUCAAA